CCUCCAUCCACCCCUCCACUUCACUCUUUUCCUCAUCAUUCGCAAUAAACAAUCCCCCAUCGCAAGCCACCACUACGAUAACCAAAAAUGACGAAACCCACCAACCGCCCGCGCAUAGCCUGCUUCCACGGCGGCGGCUCCCGCGCCUCCGUCUACGAAGUCCAAUGCGCCCACCUCGCCAAACUCCUCGAACCGGACUUCGAACUCAUCUUCUUCGACGGGCCGUUCUUCCGCGACGCCGGGCCGGGCGUCCUCCCGGCCUUCCGCGGCUACGAGCCCUUCCGCUCGUGGUUCACAGCGGACAGCUCCGGCGCCGAGCUCCCCGACGGCAGCGGCUACGACAUGACGGGUCGGGACGGCGUCGAGCGGAUCUGGAAGCUGAUGCAGGAAAAAGACAAGCUCAGUCCCGGAGGUCCGUGGGUGGGAGUGAUGGGGUUCAGUCAGGGGACGAGACCCGCGGGCGGGUUGUUGCUGGACCAGCAGCGGAGGAUUGCCAGUGGGGAGUUUGGAAGUGAGGCAGAAAUUCCUACCGGGCUGAGAUUGAAGUUCGGAGUGAUGUGUAUGGGGGCGGGAGCGCCGAUGAUGGCGGAGAGUGCACAUCGGGCCGAGUCUGACGCCGAGUUGGUGUCCAUUCCGACGAUACAUGUGCACGGAUUGAAGGAUCCGGUUUUGCCGCUGAGUCGGCAUCAGUUGGCCUCGUACUAUGAUCCUAAACGGAGCGAGCUGUUCGAGGUGGAUUAUCAUCAUGCGAUGCCGUGGGUCAAGCACGAGGUGGAGCACCUGGCGCGGCUGAUCAGGACGGCGUAUAGGGAGAAUAGCUGAGGGGGGGGGAUACGGAGCUCUCUAGGUAGAGCGUUGGCAAGCACACGGACAAGGCCCGUUCGUUCCUUUUGGGAGUUCAUGAUCAUCACGACAUCUAAGUAUGUGUAGGUAGUCAAUAGACUUUUGCUCCUUUCUCG